AUGGCGAACCAGACACUCGACUAUGGAGUUUUGCACACCAUCCACCCUCGUUCUAAUGCCAUAGACAUUGAUCCGAGCUUAGUACAAACCUCCUACUCACAAGAGAUCAAUUCGAUGUAUUUCAGUGUUGCAUUUUUGACCGUCUUGGUCUAUAAUUCUCUCGUAACUAUUGACAAGGAGGAAGUACAGAGGUAA